AUGGCGGCUUGGCCCCGGCCGCUGGGCUCAGUGUCCCGGUGGGUGGCCCGGCGCCCGGUGGCCGCAGGGCCCCGCUCCCCGCCGACCCCCAUGGCCGACCCCCGGCCGCCGCCCCGGCAACCGACCGGCCCCUCCCCCUCCUCCUCCUCCUCCUCCGGCCCCUCCGGACCCUCCUCCUCCUCCUCCUCCGCCGGCCCCUCGGCCACCGCCUCGUCCUCCGCCGCCUACGACUUCCUGGUGAUCGGCGGCGGGUCCGGAGGCCUGGCCAGCGCCCGCCGCGCCGCCGAGCUCGGGGCCAGGGCCGCCGUCGUGGAGAGACACAAGCUGGGAGGCACCUGCGUGAAUGUUGGCUGUGUUCCCAAAAAGGUGAUGUGGAAUACGGCCGUCCACUCAGAAUUCAUGCACGACCAGGUGGACUACGGUUUUCAAAGUUGCGAUCCGAAAUUCGAUUGGCGAGUGAUUAAAGAAAAGCGGGACGCCUAUGUGAGUCGACUGAAUUCCAUCUAUCAAAACAACCUCAUCAAGUCUCACAUAGACAUCAUUCGAGGCCACGCGACGUUCACCAGUGACCCGGAGCCUACAGUUGAGGUGAAUGGCAGCAAGUACAGUGCACCUCACAUUCUCAUUGCCACGGGAGGCCUGCCGUCGCUUCCCAGCGAACAGCAAAUCCCAGGUGCCAGUUUGGGAAUCACCAGCGAUGGAUUCUUUGAACUGGAAGACUUGCCCAGGCGCAGCGUGAUCGUUGGGGCUGGAUACAUCGCCGUGGAGAUUGCCGGCAUCCUAUCGGCCCUGGGCUCCCAGACGACCCUGAUCAUCCGCCAUGACAAGGUGCUGAGGAGUUUUGAUUCCAUCAUCAGUUCAAACUGCACCCAAGAGCUGGAGAAUGCUGGUGUCGAGGUGUUGAAGCAUUCUCAGGUCGGAGCGGUGCGGAAGUCCCCCACUGGCUUGGAAUUGUCCGUGGCUACCGUGGUCCCCGGGGGGAAUCCCAGCCUCCGUAUCAUCCAGGACGUCACAUGCCUGCUCUGGGCCAUCGGCCGGGACCCGAACACCCAGGGCCUGAACCUGGAUCGUGUGGGCAUCAGGACAGACGAUAGAGGUCACAUUCUCGUAGACGAGUUCCAGAACACGAACCGGAGGGGGGUCUACGCCGUCGGGGACGUGUGUGGGAGAGCCCUCCUCACUCCAGUUGCCAUAGCUGCCGGGCGAAAACUAGCCCAUCGACUCUUUGAAGGCAAAGAAGAUUCCAAACUGGACUACGACAACAUCCCGACCGUGGUCUUCAGCCACCCACCCAUCGGGACUGUGGGGCUCACGGAAGAUGAAGCGGUUUCGAAAUACGGAAGAGAAAAUGUCAAGAUCUAUUCAACCUCCUUUACGCCAAUGUACCAUGCAGUUACCAGAAGGAAGACUAAAUGUGUGAUGAAACUGGUGUGUGUGUGUCGCCAGGAAAAGGUGGUGGGGAUACACAUGCAAGGGCUGGGAUGUGACGAGAUGCUGCAAGGCUUCGCUGUGGCUGUGAAAAUGGGAGCCACCAAGGCCGACUUCGACAACACGAUCGCCAUCCACCCCACCUCUUCAGAAGAGCUGGUGACCCUCCGCUGAAGAAGCAGCCAGCCUUCCCGCUAACACGAGGGACCCCAGUGUCAGGAAGUUGCUGGGCCCCGGCUCCACAGACUCUUUCUUUCUGUCUAGGGAACACCAGAUGGUAUUUUGAGCACAUUCUUCUCUUUGAAGGGAAAAUAUUUCUAGGAAACAAUGCAAUUUAUUUUUGUGGCUUCAAAAGUCUGACGUGCUUUAUUUGCUCUCCUUUUGUAACUUUGGUCAUUCCAAAUUUCUUAGGGCUUUGGAUUUGAUAUUCAGAAUCACUCCCAGCUCUCGGUUUGCUUGCCUCCCCCUAUUCCUCUACCUUUUCUUCUUCCUCCUCCUUCUCCUCCUCCUCUUCCUUCUCCCAGCAGCAAAACUAUGCGGAGUCAGCAGCCCUCUCCAGAGUUGACCAAGCCUGCAGUCUGCUGCAGCCUGAAGGGAGAUGGUGGGGCAGGGGGCUCUUUGUCCUCAGACCCGACAGGCAAAGGGCAUGAACAUCUCUGCUUGAGAAAAUCUGAAACCAAAAUUGUUCCUCCACAGGGAAAGCAACUCUAAAGUGGCUCUAAAGACAUGCCCUCUUAAGGCCUUCAUCUUUUUUGGCUCAUCUCAUCACUUGUACUUUAAAGUGUCCUUGUUCAGUUCCUUUCAAAGAUUUUGUGUGUGUGUGUGUGUGUGUGUGUGUGUGUGUGUGUGUGUGAGAGAGAGAGAGAGAGAGAGAGAGAGAGAGAGAGAGAGAAACAGGUAAUUUUAAGAGUGAAGAGUUCUCUCACUCCUGCCCCUCUGUUUACUUUUACACUUGUUUUAUAGUAGAAUAAAGAAUCAUUGUUUGCAG